GGGCCAAGCUCGUCCCUUCCGGUGCGCCAUGCAUCUGUCACAGGGCUCAUUGUUACGGGAGGAUUCGACCUUCGGCCUGGGCCUUGGCGUUGAGAAGAAGCUGGUCCAAUGCAACCUGUCGCCACCCGCACGCUCCCCCUGGUUCCGGCGGAGCCUGAAGUCUUGGCAGCAGAGGCUAGGGACGGACCACCAGACCGGGGUGAUCUAUGGCGUGGUGAACUGGAUCGUGUGCGUGCCCUCCCUGGUGUCGUAUGCUCACAUCGUGUUUCCCCAGGCCGUCUUUCGACCCUACCUGCCGAUGGUGGUGAAAGUCUAUUUCUUGAGCUCUGCGGUGAUGCAGGUGGUGAUGACUCUGCUGUCAGAUGUGGAGUUUUCCAUUGGCCAAAUCCAGGAUGUUGGUCUCAUUUUCCUAGCAGGGAUGGUCCGCAACCUGGUGAGCUGGGGGAAAGAGGCUGGCUUGACGCCUGAGGAACUCAUUACAACCAGCAUCUGGCAGUCCGCCAUCAGUACCUGCUUUGUGGGGAUUUCGCUGAUUGUGAUUGGCAAGAUGAAGCUCAUCCAAUAUGUUCAGAUGCUUCCCCUGCCGGUGGUGGGUGGCUACUUGGGCUACAUCGGCUACUUCUGCUUGGCCGCCGGGUUGGGGAUCGGCUCAGGUCGCGAGGUGAAUGACCCGAGCACCUUGCUACAGCUGCUGGACCCCGAGCUGGCGCUGAAGAUGUCGCUGCUGGCAGUGACGGCGCUGGUGAUGAUCUUCGUGCACUUCAAGGUGAAGCAUUUUCUGGCGAUGCCGCUCACGCUGCUCCUGCUCCCCAUUGUUUUCUUUGUUUGCGCAGACGCUGCGGGCUUGUCCCUAGAGGACUGCCGUGCUAGGGGCUUGGUGCCAUACCCCCGGGGCAGCUCGGGAAUUGGUGAGAUCUGGCAGAUCGUGAAUUACCACGAAGUGCAGUGGGGCAUGCUGCCCCGGCAGAUUGCCAACUUGAUUGGCCUCAUCAUCAUUGUCACUUUUGGCUCCUCCCUUGACGUGGCAGCCAUCCAGGCAGAGCUGCCCACACGCAAGCUGGACUACAACAAAGAACUGACCGCCAUUGGUUGGGGCAACCUCUGCAGUAGCUUUGUGUGUGGUGCCACCGGGUCCUACAUCUUCUCCCAGACGAUUUUCAGCGCCAAGCGUUCGGUCAAGAGUCGCUUUAACGGCUUCGUCGUGGCCAUCGGGGAGUUUCUGCUCUUCGGGCUGCCGGUGGACAUCCUGAAAGUCCUGCCCAAUGCGUAUGUGGGUGGCAUCAUGUGCUUCUUUGGCGUGGACAUCAUGAAUGACUGGUUGUUUCAGUCUAGACAUCUGAUGUCUCGCUCUGAGUAUACUCUGGUGUGGAUCUCUUUUGGCGUCACCAUGUGGCUCACGGGCUUCCAAACCUUCGGCGUCAUCGAAGGGAUGGCCGUAGGCACUGCAGUGGCGAGCGUUUUCUUCGUGUAUCAGUUUGCCAAAGUGCAAGACAAAUGGCAGGAGGUCUCCUCGAGGUCUUCAGUGGUAAGACCUCCACAAGAACGACGUCACUUGAACGGCAUGUACAACAGCAUCCUGGCCAUCAGCCUCAACAGCUACGCCUUUUUUGGCACGUCCUUCACCUCGGCGCAGAGCAUCGAGGUGGCGGUGCAGCAGAAGAGCGCGCGCUUCGUCUGCCUGGAUCUGGGCCGCUUGAGCGGCAUGGAUUGCACCUUUGCGGAUCAAAUCCGAUUGUUGGUCCUCUCCUUGGAACGCGAAGGCGCGCGCGUCUUCCUAUCCUCGCUGCGUUCCAAGACGGCGGAGCGGCUGCUGCUGGCGCACGGCGUGGUCGGUCCCAGCGUUCCGGAGCGAAAGGUCUUCGUGACCUUGGACCAGGCCCUGCAGAAGUGCGAGGAGAUCAUUCUGACCGAGGCCGGCAAAUUGAGAAAGGAUCAGUCUGAUGAGGAGUGGCCUCUUGACAUCCUUCUGCUGGACUACGUCGAGGGCUUCGUCAGCGACAAGGCCAGUGCCACGGCGGCGGCCAAGGCGGCCGCGCAGCGCUUCGAGCGCCUCGAGCUGAAGGAGAACCAGGUGCUCUUCAGGUCUGAGGACCCGGCCAACGCCAUCUUUGUGGUGGCCAAGGGCAUCGUUGGCGCCAGCAGCGCCCUGGACUUCGCCAAGCAGCUGGGAAACUCCGGGGCCCUGCUGGCCUCGCCGCAGCCCACGCAUCGGCCCAGCGGCGAUGACCAUGAGGAGCUGGGCUUUAUGGAGGAGAGCACCAUGGAGGAGCAUGACCAGCAUGGGGUCGGAGCCAUUCUCAACGACACGGCCUUCUAUUCCAGAAGGAAGUGUGGCGCGGAGGCGGUGGCCCAGACGGACUGCGUGGUGUAUCGCCUGCGGCGGUCCACGAUGGACACCUUGGAACGGGAAGAUCCGGCCGCCGCGGUGCUGCUGCAGAAGGUGCUGCUGCGGGACCUCUCGCAGCUGAUGGCGCAGUUCCUAUGCCCGCUGCAGGCGGUUUCUGGCCUCAGCUGAGGCGUUUCGAGCCAUGGCCCUGUCCAUGUCUACCUGGCUGUGGGUCAAAAUUCAGGAGC